GCUUUUGUUUCUCUACCUUUGUCUCCGCCUUUGGUCCUUUGUCCUGCCUCCCGCCUGUUUCUCUCCAAGCUCUAGGCAUCUUAGGGCCUCUGACUCCUCCGCUUGGGUGACUCCAAGCCUCUUAUCUGUUUCUACAUCUCUUUGUCUCUGGUACCCAGUCUCUAGCUCCUGCCUCUGUCUCUCCGACAGUGUCCUGACUCGUGACUUUUAGGCUAGGACCCGGCAGGCUCCAGCUCGGCUUGGGUGUCAAGCCCCCGCCCAGCCCCCACUCCGAGCUGGGCUUUGUUUCCCCCGCCUCAGCGCCCGCCCCGCCCGCUCGCCCGCCGGGUCUCCGUAGCCCUUUGUCUGCCAGUCUCUCCACCCCAUCCCGGGGCUCCUUUCCCCGUUGUCCCGAGCGGGCAGCGGGCCCCACCGCGCCAGUUAGACGAGCCGGGGAGGCACGCCACUAACGCCGCAGGGCACCGCUACAGUCGUCCGCGCCGCCACCGCCGCCGUGCCCCGGCUCCUCCGGGUCCUAGAGCGGUUCGCUGUGGCCCGUGCUUCCGCUUCCCGCCCCGCCCCGCGGCGCCCGGGACGUGGGCCGAGCCCCCUCCCGGCGUGGCGCGGUGCUCGCACCGAAGCCGCUGGCUGCAGGUCCCCGCUGCGCCGCGGGGAAGGGAACGGCGGGUGCCCGCGGAGUCGCCGUAGCCGCGCCCCGGUCGUGGGCCGACGGUGCAGCGCGCGAUCGAACCCCGGGGCGCCGAGCUCCGCGGACUGGGAGCGGCUGAGAGCUGUCGGCACAGGUGGGGGCGGCGGGCGCCGCACGGACAGUUCUAGGGAGUGAGAACAUGGAGGCCUCUGCGGUGGAUGAGUUUGAGCAUAGUCCACAGGAGGAGGAUGGCUUAGAGUUCAAGGAAGAGGAACAGUUAGCCCCAGGCCAUGAAGUAGGACAUGCUCCUCUCAAAUCUGAAGCCAUUCAGAACUGGGAAGACUUAUGGGUUCACCAAGAGGGACUUGGAAAGCGGCAGCCUCGAGACCCAGCCCUCCGGGUCCUGGGAGAACCCCGCUGGGGACAGGCUAGUAAUGACCGAGCUGCGGUGUGUGGCGAGUGUGGCAAGAGCUUCCGGCAGAUGUCAGAUUUGGUGAAACACCAGCGGACUCACACGGGGGAGAAGCCCUACAAGUGUGGGGUCUGUGGCAAGGGCUUUGGGGACAGCUCAGCCCGAAUCAAACACCAACGAACUCACUCUGGUGAGAAGCCCUAUAGAGUCCGGCCACCAGCCUCAGGUCCUCCCAAGAUGCCUCGGUCUCGGAUUCCUGCUGGUGAGCGCCCCACUAUCUGUGGCGAGUGUGGCAAAAGCUUCCGGCAGAGCUCUGACCUGGUGAAGCACCAGCGGACUCACACGGGGGAGAAGCCCUACAAGUGUGGGGUCUGUGGCAAGGGCUUCGGGGACAGCUCUGCCCGAAUAAAGCACCAGCGGACACACAGAGGAGAGCAGCUGCCCCGGCCGGUGGUUCCCCGACGGCAGCCAUCUCAGGCAGCUCCAACAGCUCCACAAAGACCCAAGGCCCAGGACAAGCCAUAUAUCUGCACUGACUGUGGCAAAAGGUUUGUGCUAAGCUGCAGCCUCCUGAGCCACCAACGUAGUCACCUAGGACCCAAACCCUUCGCUUGUGAUGUGUGUGGAAAGGAGUUUGCCCGGGGCUCUGACCUGGUAAAGCACCUGCGGGUACAUACAGGUGAGAAGCCCUACCUGUGCCCUGAGUGUGGCAAGGGCUUUGCCGAUAGCUCUGCCCGGGUGAAGCACCUCCGCACCCACAGUGGCCAGAGACCUCAUGCCUGCCCGGAGUGUAACCGCACCUUUAGUCUCAGCUCGACUCUUCUUCGCCACCGCCUUACCCAUGUGGAGCCCCAGGACGUCGGUUUCUCAGCCUACCCCAUAGCUCCCCUCAUCCCCAGCCCCCCACCUCCUCUUGGCACUAGCCCCUCACUGACCCCUCGAAGCCCUUCACAUUCCAGUGAUGGGCCCUUUGGUCUGCCUGGUUUAGAACCAGAGCCUGUGGGCCCACAGGCUGGGGAGCCACCCCCGCCAUUGGCAGGUGACAAGCCUCACAAGUGUCCUGAGUGUGGCAAAGGCUUCCGCCGAAGCUCAGAUCUGGUCAAACACCAUCGUGUGCAUACAGGGGAGAAACCCUACCUCUGUCCUGAAUGUGGCAAGGGUUUUGCUGACAGUUCCGCCCGAGUCAAGCACCUCCGAACCCAUCAGGGAGAGCGCACCAGACCACCACCACCAUCUACUCUCCUGCGGCCACAUAACCCACCCGGUCCUGUUCCCAUAGUCCCUCAGUCUCGAGUGCGGGGCCAGCCCUCUGGACCCAGCCAGCUUCACGUGUGUGGUUUCUGCGGGAAGGAGUUCCCCCGGAGCUCAGAUCUAGUCAAACACAGGCGCACACAUACGGGGGAGAAGCCAUACAAAUGUGCAGAGUGCGGCAAGGGCUUCAGCGACAGCUCUGCACGAAUCAAGCACCAGCGUGGUCACCUGGUCUUAAGGCCCUUUGGGAUAGGGGAUGGUCAGUCAAGGCCCCUCCAGGAGGGGUCACCAGCUGGAAUGGAGUGAUGGGCAGUCCAGGGAGGAUAGAGGCCCAGGGUACCAGGGCGGGGGUAUUUGCUGCUGAAGGCAGAGAAAGGCCCGGGAAAUGGUGGGAGGGAUGAGAAGGAUGAGAAUCGAUAGAAACAGACUGAAGACCAUGAUGUUCGUGCUCAGGAAACUCUACGUGUUGGGACCUUGCCAGUGUGAGCUGUAUCACAGGUUCUAGAACAGUGCCUAGCACAGACUAGGUACUUCCUACUUGUAAAAUCAGUCAGCUGGACGCGGCUCUAAAAUCCUCUGCCUCUUGUUAAGAACUUCCCUCAGCUGGGCACAGUAGUGUACAACCUUUAAUUCCAGCACUCAGGAGGCAAAAGGCAGACAGAUCUCGAAUUUGUUGCUCUACAUAGAGAGUUCUAGGUCAGCCAGGACUACAUGGUAAAGAUAAAUAAAUAAAUAAAUAAAUACCAAAAAAAAAAAAAACCUUAACCCUCCCAACCUCUGGCAGGGAGAACAGGGAUUGUUUGAAUUUAAGGUGUCAAAACAAGGCAGGGCCAUUUUGGCCACCCCGAGGGGGAAGUAUUGCUGUGAUAUAGGCAGUUUUCACCUCUGCCUGUGGAUCAUUGAACAUGGUUUUAUCCAGGAAGGGCCCUUGCCACCCUGACAUUAGGACCCUAGUGAAGUAGAACCGAGCUACCAGAGCUAAUCGGGGUACAAGACCUAGGUCAUCGUGGACAUUGAUGCAAAGACCAGCUUUCUGAGAAGCAGGGCCAGUGUAGGCCAGAGAAGCUCCCAGUCUCCACAGCCAAGUGUCUGUCUCUUUACUAAUAAAUGGUCCCUUGUCUGA